GCAGGAUGGUCUAAAAAUCCCAAAAACCACAAGAAAAUUGAAAAAGGGACAAAAAAAUUGAAACCAGUACAAACAAAUCUGGCAGCAAUAGCUCUCAUCAUUUUCACACUACAGUCUCUACAGAUACACCCAGAUGCAUGAUGAUCAUUAUCUUCAUAUAAUUACUUGUCACAUUACCACGGUAAAAAAGAAAAAAAAACCAUCACCAUGUUAGUUCAUGAUCCCUAUAUAUAUGUAGCCAAUCUAAUACCAAUACUUGACUCAAGCUAAAAAAAAAGAAAGAAAAACCAUGGCAUCCUCCUCAUCAUUCCAUUCUUUUUCUAAAAUGAGCCUUAUUUUGCCCUUGUGUUUAUUUCUCCUCCUCCUCCUAAUCUCACCAUCUCAAGGUGCUAAAAAUACCAAUUGUAACGGCCCAGAUGACGAGGGUUCGACCCUCCAAGUGUUCCAUAUCUACAGCAAAUGCUCACCAUUUAAACCAUCAAAGCCAAUGUCAUGGGAAGACAGUGUGCUCCAAAUGCAGUCAAAUGACCAGUCUAGGGUACUUUAUCUGUCUAGUUUAGUCGCCGGAAAAUCGGUCGUGCCGAUAGCUUCCGGGAGGCAAAUUACACAGAGCCCGACUUAUAUUGUGAGGGUGAAAAUUGGGACACCGGGUCAGACAUUGCUAAUGGCAAUGGAUACUAGCAACGAUGCUGCUUGGAUUCCAUGCAAUGGCUGUGUUGGAUGCCCUGCUUCCACUACGGUUUUCGAUUCCGCUAAGUCCACCAGUUUCCAGAAUGUUGGAUGUGGAGUUGCUGGCUGCCAACAGGUACCAAACCCUAGUUGCUUAGCCAAUACUUGCAGUUUCAACAUGACCUAUGGCGGCUCCAGCAUCGCAGCAAACCUCUCCAUCGACACUUUCCGGCUCGCAGCUGAUCCCAUUCCCUCUUACACCUUCGGUUGCCUCCAAAAGGCCACCGGAAACUCUGUUCCUCCCCAGGGCCUUCUUGGGCUUGGAAGAGGGCCCAUGUCUCUUUUGUCCCAAUCCCAAAGCCUCUAUCAGUCCACAUUUUCUUACUGCUUGCCCAGUUUCAAGGGCCUCAAUUUUACUGGAUCCCUCAGGUUGGGCCCAACUGGACAGCCCAAAAAUAUCAAAACAACUCCGUUGUUGAAGAAUCCAAGGAGAUCGUCCCUUUACUACGUUAAUUUGGUCGGAAUUAAGGUCGGAAAGAAAGUCGUGGAUAUUCCGGCGGAAGCCUUGGCUUUCAAUCCCACCACCGGCGCCGGCACAAUCAUUGAUUCCGGAACUGUGUUCACAAGGCUGGUUCAAGCAGCCUAUGUUCCGGUGAGAGAUGAGUUCCGGAGGAGGAUGGGAAAUGCAACGGUUUCAUCGCUGGGUGGAUUCGACACGUGUUACAAUGUUCCGGUCACCGUUCCGACCAUAACCUUCAUGUUUUCCGGCAUGAACGUCACUUUGCCACAGGACAACUUCUUGAUCCACAGCACCGCCGGCACAAUCACUUGCUUGGCCAUGGCGGAAGCGCCCGUCGGAAACGUGAACUCGGUGCUCAAUGUGAUCGCCAAUUUGCAGCAACAGAACCACAGGAUCCUCAUCGAUGUGCCCAACUCCAGGCUUGGUGUUGCUCGUGAGGCUUGCUCUUAAUUCCAAUAAACUUUUUGAUCAUCAUCAUCAUGUGUUUGAGCCCUUUUAAUUAUCGGUUCCGUACUAUAUAUUAGUAUGCAUCACCAUGUACUAAUCAGAAGAAUGGGGAUAUUCACAUUAUCGAAAUUGCCUCUAUGUAACAUUUUGUUUUAAAAUUUUCGAUCUUCUAUUUGCAACAUUUUGUUUUGUGACGCCUUCGAUCCAAAACUACUUGGCAAUGAAUGGGAAUGUUAAAGGAUUAUUGAUAACUUCUCGAUUUGGACAAUUUUCCAGCACAAUCAAUUUGAAUGAAUAGAGUUUCUUAAAUAGUGGAAACUAACAAAAUUUCAUCAGAACGGAGGUUUUGUGCAGGAAUCUCUGCUUCAUUAUUAUCACGAUAAUGUUGGUAUAGAUAUGAUGCAGAUCCCAAGACAGCCAACAGAAGUGACAUGACUUUCAGACAUGUCAUCUUGUCAUGGAAGAAGAUCACUGCAAGAACAGGUGCAAUUGGCAAGCUCACUACAUCCAUAACGUUCGAAAACAAGGAAGACACCUUGAAAAUUAGGCCAUAACUGCCAACUGUGUAAAUCUCCCAUGAAAUUGCUGUGCAAACCAGGUUGACAACGUAGAACGCUUUCCCUGAUCUAAACUCCUUCAUCUCCGUCUUUAAACUCCUCCAAUCUCCGCUGCCAUAAAGCCCGAUUAGGAUGGCGAGUGACGCGACCACAGAUAGGUAAACCGCUAGUUCGAGUACAAACUUGAAAGUGCUUUCCCUUUUGAUGACAUUUUGAAUAACAAGUUGAGUCAAACAAAGUGAAAGUGCAUGACUAGCUGAUGCUGCAACUGUGCAUAUAAUCCCCACUGAAUGAUUUUGUUUGUUGGAAGUAUCAUUGGCAGAAUGAUCAUUUUGGAAGGCUAGAAGUACCGUGGAGGCGGUAACCAACACAAUAGACUUUAUGAUAUAAGGAGUGAGUUUUUGUGAAUUGAGGAAGAAUGCAAAGAAAGUGCUGAAUGCCAAUUCGCUUGCACUAACCAAAGUGUAGGUUGAAACUGAGAGGUUCUGUAAACCAAAAGAGUACAACAAACAAAUCCCAGCUAGAAUAACACCAAGCAAAAUGUGUAUUGUACCAACGGUUAGAAUAGACGGUAGGAUAGUAGAAAUACUAACGGUUUCUGCCUUCUCAGAUGUCUUUUCAGGUGCUGGAUGAAUGAGAAAAGGAAUAAACAACGGGAAGCCAAUGUUUUGUACUAAUGAUGCCAUCCAUAUGCUCUUUCCGCCAUUUUCGAAAUACAUUCGACCCAGAAGCACGGCAACCGUCUGGCCGGCCAAGAUAGCUAGAGAAUAUAAAGCCAUUUCAAGCCACCAUGCACAGCUUCUAUCCCAAACCACCAACGAUCUCCUUGUGGCAAUUCCAUUGAGUGAUGUCAUCGCUUGUUUCUUCACCUAACAGUUACCUAUAAGAAGAACAAUAAUUUUUUUUUUCUCUCUCCAGUAUCAUCUAUACAAAGAAAUUAGGCUGCCAAUUUUGAGGUUCUGUUAAAUAUAGAAUGAGAAAGUCACAGAGAAGAGGUUGAUGGA